GCUUCCGGCAUUUGAUAUAUCUACAUGCUUCGGGAUCAAGACUGUUCCCUCUUUAGCUGCCUAAUAACGCGCUUUCGCUUUCGUAAUCUGCCGCAAGUUUGUCAUCGCUAAUCACCGGUCAGACCGAACCGACUGAAAAACGACACCAACCACUCCAGAUGUCCCUAAAACCUCCAAAACCCUCCCAAAUCUCUCCCCGGUUAUAACCGUAGUUCCUCCCCCUUCCUUCCAAACCUUGCCUUCAAAAACCUCUUCCAUCCAUAGAAUCCCCGAAGAAGGAGAGCGUUCUGACGCACCUCGGCACGGACGCGCAGCGCCGAGAGAUCAGAAAACGCAGCCUUUUUUUUGUUUGUUUUCUUUUCGUCUCCUCGGUAGCGUUUUCUCGCGGAUAAGUUUCGGUCGCUCUUGUUGAAGGAGAUGGCGGGGGCGUACAGGGCGGAGGAUGACUACGAUUACCUCUUCAAGGUGGUGCUGAUCGGGGACUCCGGCGUGGGGAAGUCCAAUUUGCUGUCGAGGUUUACGAGAAACGAGUUCAGCCUCCAGUCCAAGUCGACCAUCGGGGUGGAGUUCGCCACCAGGAGCUUGACCGUGGACAGCAAGGUUAUCAAGGCCCAGAUUUGGGACACUGCCGGCCAGGAGAGGUACCGUGCCAUCACCAGUGCUUACUAUCGAGGAGCUGUAGGUGCGCUGCUCGUCUAUGAUGUUACUCGGCAUGCUACAUUUCAGAACGUUGAUCGUUGGCUGAAGGAGUUGAGGGACCACACAGAUCCCAGCGUGGUUGUCAUGCUCAUUGGUAACAAGUCCGACCUCCGCCACCUUGUUGCUGUUUCAACCGAAGAUGGAAACGCUUGUGCUGAGAGGGAAUCACUCCAUUUCAUGGAGACAUCAGCACUAGAAUCUACAAAUGUGGAUAAUGCUUUUGCUGAGGUUCUGACUCAGAUUUAUCAAAUUGUGAUCAAGAAAACCCUUGAGGCAGGCGAUGAUGCAGCAUCUGCUGUCCCCAUUAAUGGAGAGAGAAUAUAUGUGAAAGCUGAUGAUUCAUCAUUGAAGAGAUCUGGCUGCUGCUCGGGUUAGGCAAAGGUGAUACUGUGCAAUGUUUAGUUUCUUUAUUUUGUGCAUGUUAUGAUGCAUCUCAUGCAACUUCUUUCAUAGUGGAUUUUGGACCACCAUUUUGUGGGACCCAUGUGCUUGAAAUUGAAUACAUCAAGAUUUGUUACAUUUAAUACUCGGAUUCUUAAAUCAUCAGUAAUAUAUUUCAAGAUUCCACUGCCGCA